UCUUGGGAAUUCCAAAAAGAGAACACGGACGAUUGGUUCGUAGGAAGAGUGAAUUACAUAAAAUAUCACAGGAAGCACUCAAGCAGAGAUGUUAACAAAGUUUCAGAUUCAAGUCCUAAAAUACACAGAAUUCCACAGUACAUGGCUGAAAGGCUGGAGUUUAGAAAAUAUUAUGAGCCACAAAUCAUCUCAAUCGGUCCAAUUCAUCUAGCCAAAAUAGAUACACUUCAAGGAAAGCCAUAUAAGGAUACAUGGACAGCAAUGUAUCUGGAGGAUACUGAUCCGAAGGAAUUUUAUGAGUGGAUUUUUGUUCACAAUUCAGAAAAAACACGCCACGCGGACCACCUUUACCGGGAAGACUUUCGAUGCUUCACCUUGAAUACUCCUUAAACCAGACCAAUUAAACCAUCGGUUUGGGAGCUCUCGACAAUCGGGGAGGAAUUAAAUGAGAGAACAUAAGAUGAGAAGACACCACAUCCAACUCAGAACCUUAAGGUGUCAAGUUAAUGGGUCUCUCAUCUUUUAAACUCCUCACUCUUCCAUGCUUUCUUAGAUGUGGGACUAACUUCAACACUCCUCACACUUGCAACACUAACACAAAACUCACAGUGGAUGGCUCAACGGCUCAUAUCUUCCUCAACCUUGUAGCCUAUGAGAUGUGUCCUGAUUUUCGAAACCACUUCGAGAUCAGCUCAUUUUUAGUCUUCAUGAGCUCCCUCAUUGAUCAGCCGGAGGAUGUGAAGGAACUCAGAUUAGCUGACAUAAUUAUCAAUGAACUUGCCAGUGACAAGGAAGUAGCAGAUCUGUUUAAUAAGAUGGACAGCAUUCUUGUGCCUGAGACACCAUUGUUUGCCCACGUUAGAGACCAGAUCGAUUCACAUUUUAAGUCCAAACGAGGCAGGAUCACAAUGCUAUCUUGGAUGGGAGAGGCCUCUAACACCUUUUUUCGCUCGCCAUGGACCAUCAUCGCCUUGCUUGCUGCCACUCUUGGUCUUGUUCUUACAUUCAUCCAAACAUGGAGAAUUUGUUGCUAAAGGAGCAAAUCCAGGUGCUGAUUAAGGAAAGAAAUUCUUUCAAAAAUGCGUUUAAAAUCCAG